GUAAACAGAGUGACGCCAGAGUUUUGCAGUGGUGGGGAAAGCAUACGUCACAAGCAUAAUGGCGGAGGCUGGUUGAGAAGGAGAAUUACUCCGUGAAGCGGCACUGAAACCAACUUCAUCGCCAGCUGACGAGGUGACCGCUGGUCCGAAAAAUGGCUAGCAAUUUAAGCCAGGAGAGAAAAAUCGACAAGGAGAGCAGCAAGGCCGGCGGCCUAACCUUGGAGGAUGGCGAUAGCAAGAAACAAUUGUUGUCAGCCUCUAGCACGGCCACAUCCAAGCAAAAUGGCGAUCAAGCUGGAUGUGAAGACGAGCAAAUGUCUGAACAAGAUGCUUCUGAGCGACGGAAGGCAGGGCUGUCGGACCUAAAAAACUGCGGCGGCUCGCCCUCGACACUACCACGACCGGCCGAAGAGCUGCCAAAGAGGAAUUUUCAGAUUCCGAGGAAAAUCAAGGAGCGGAAAGGUCUCCUUCAACACUUGUCUCCAGAAUCCAGAGAGUUUGAGGAACUUGUGAAGCUUCUGUCCACGUUCUACUUGGACGCCACCUCCCGUGGGACUUUCACCUACACUAAAGCGUCUCUUAUUCACAACGAGCUCUUGGAGAAAGAGUUCAUUGAGAAGAAAAGGGAGCUGAAGCAGAAUGGCAGGACAGAGGCAGAACUCGCAGAAUCCUAUGCUUUUCUGCUGCCUGAAAGGAAUAAGGUUCAGUGGAUCUGCGAAAAGGGUCUUUCUGUGGGACAUUCGCGGAUCAACAAUCUGGGAAGCCCUGUCAAAGGGGUUUACCUAUCAAAAUACUCAGAUUUGUUACAAAUGAAUCCAUUUGAAGUGGGUGCUGCUGGAGACAUAAUAAUAUUUAAAACCAUGAAGGGUAAAGUGAAGACAAUAUUUGACAACAUGCCUAAAAACAAUCUUGAGCCGACCCUUAAAUAUGACAGCCAUGUCUUCAAAAAUGCCAGCAAAGUGACCUCAUUAUUAUCCUAUAGGGCCUUUGAGCACACUCAGCAAUACUUCUAUGAAUUUGCAUUUGAGGAGCUAAGGUCAAGACCCAGGCAUGUGUUUCCAUACGCAGUUGUGUCUUUUCAGUACAAAGGCAAAGAGUCAGCCACAGCCACACACAGAUUAAACAGCACGUUAUUUGAAGGGCAAAGAGUUCGGCGAAGAUAUACGGUUUGGAGUGGCUCGCUGGUGAAUAAGGGAGAAGAGGUCCAUCAAGUUUACAUCCGGUCUUCAAGUCUCCCUCACCUUCCACUUAAACUCCCAGACAAGCUUGACAUUAAUACGGCUAUGCAUCUCGAUCAAGUGAAGAGAAAGAUCCCGCCCAUUCUGCUGUCAUGGGAAGCGUACAGUGGAUCACGAGAGGCAUUUAAGUGUGGGAUGUACUGCAGCCUGUAUGAGGUCAUUGGGAGGAGUAAACAGGAAAGCAGUCUGUCGGGACUUUUGCACAGGCUUGAGAGAGAAAGAAUGGUUUUGGUGAAGCCACUGAUAGACAAAGGAUUUCUCUUCCUCCUUUCGUCUUCUCAGUUGCACACUACCACCGAGCGGCGAGGAAGAAAUGACAGGGUUUUACUGGCGCUUUUUGUAUUUCAAGAGCAAAGAAUCACCUCGAAGUUGAUUUUGAAGAACUCUGGAGUAGAUGAGGACCCUCUUGUUCCAUUAGAGCCUAAAGACCCAAUCAGCCAUCAGUUAGAUAAUUUUAUACCCGCCCUGCAUCAUGGCUUCUACAAGCUGCGUGCCAAUCCACCCAAAGAGCUCGCGGCGGGACUGAAACAUCAGGUGCUCGACUACCUCAACCAGAAGGAGCAAGGUGUCAUACGGCCUUUCCACAUAGUAGAGUACCGGCAAAGUUUGGAUGACCGGACUAACCAACACCUGGCACCUCGUCCUAAGAAUAUGGAUGUGGCACUGAACUCUUACAUAUAUGGUCCAGGACAGUUCCAGCUGCCCAUGGAAGCGCUGCAGCAGGGUCUGAUGGACAGCCAACAGGGGGCAGCGUCUCCCCCAGCAGGCGCAGAAGAGUACAGUCCUGUCUCAGACUGGGGAGGGUCGGAUAGACAGGCGCCGGGUAGCAGCACGAUUGGGGUUUCUCAGUCUAACGGCGGCGCUCAGAGGCCACAGGGAGAGUAUGACAAAGAAAAGAUGGAAAAAUUGCUGAAGCUGAUACAGUUACAUAAGCGGACUUUGGGCAAGGAGGAGGGGCCUGAAAGAGAAGAGGACUGGGACCCUGCUGGCCUGAAGAGAAGGCUGGAGAGGGACGGUCCUGGUGGUGUGAGCAAGUAUAUGAAUACUGAUCUUUUAUUUAGUGCUGUAAGUAAAGGUGAAAAGCAUAGGAAAGACAUGAUCUGUUUUCCCUUUCUCUUAGUGGUGAUGGACAGCAUGGGGGUGUGUGACACGGACCUGCGGGAGCGCGUCACUGAGAGUCCCACCCUCCGGGACACACAUGCCUUGCUUAAACUCUUCCUCAGCACGCUUAACAGGAUGGCCCAAAACUCUAACACUGCCAGCAGCCAGCCUGUGAUACUCCCCAAAAGCGCAGAGAGACACGAGCCCAGUGACUCAGCCGCCCACUGUGAUCUUGACCUGCGUGGCAGGCGUGCUGAAGAGGAGCAGGUUAACCAGGAUUACUUGGAGGAGCAGAUGACCUGCAGCAGGACCAGUAUGGAUGUGUAUAGUCCCUCGUCCACUCUGGAGCAGCAGCCCUCCCGUCAAGCAGAAACCCCAACUCAGAGCCAUCUCUGGAAAACAUCCACCAGAGCUUUAGAGGGUGUUGAUGAACCUUGUUUGAGUGGAGGGGAGAAGCAGGUAUACUCUACACAGAAAGUAGUAGACACUAUCCUCGACAGUGAGUUCCAGAACCUCUGCACUGGGGUCCAGAAUCUGAUGGAGGCCCAAAAUAUAAUUUACAACCAUCAGCCUCCUUUGCCGCGAUGUGAGGAUCAGGCUAAAUGGUCAAGCUCGUCAUUCUCACCUUUUGUAUCCAAAUAUGUCUCGUCAGUGCCUAUGCAGAGCUACGUUAACACACUCUGUGAAAAGAUGAACCGUUUGAUCCGGGCUCCCAUGGCAUCUGUACAACCCGUGGCUGUUGUGUCACCACCUGCUGUUGCCCCAGUGCCCGCCCCCUUGCCACCUGCUCCGCCCCCUUCUGCCAUGCCGGCUCCUGCCCAACCCAUGCUGCCCUCACCUCCUGUUCAUCCUCACACUAAAACAUCAUCUCCAGUGCCUAAGUCUCAGGCUUUGUCAAGCAAGCCGCAAGCUACCCUUAAACCGCCUCCUUCAGGCAAGCAUCGCCUCGGCACUGUCAAAGAGGUCCACCUGUUUUCAGCAGAAAAAUCAGCUGACCCCAAGAGUACAGAUGUUGUGGAAAAUCCAAUGUGCUCCCCAUCAGCUGGAAGUGCCAGUCAACCUCCAGUUGCUUCAGUCCCAGAGAUUCCCCCAGAGCCUACUCAUGCAGGAACCUCAAGCACUGUGGGAGGCAGCGUUAUUGGGCAAAUCAAGCCUGAUGUUUUGUGCACACUGAUGGAGAUCAUGCAGAAAAAUGCAGUGAAGUUUUACAUUCAAAGAGGAGAUGAGGAAAGCGAACUCUGCACUGAGAUCAAGGAAUAUUUACGCAGCCUUGGCAAUAUUGAUUGCAACCCUCAGAAUUACCUGGAGAGUAAAAGUCAGCAGAAGUUCAUGAUUAUUAUUCAAAAUGAGGAUAUAGCCGCUCAUGUACAUAAGAUUCCAGCACUGGUGUCUCUGAAGAAAUUGCCCACAGUUUACUUUGCUGGAGUGGACAGCCUGGAUGAUGUGAAAAACCGCACAUACAAUGAGCUUUUCGUGUCUGGAGGACUCAUUGUGUCGGAUGAGCUCAUUCUCAACCCUGACAAUAUAACACUAGAGAAGCUACAGGCAUUUCUCAAGUUCCUGGAGGAACAGGGCUCACCUUGGAAGUGGAAGGUGCACUGUAAGACUCAGAAGAAGCUUAAAGAGCUCAGCAGGUUAAACACUGAGGCCCUGGAUCUGUUGAACCUGCUGACGACCUACCAGAAGAAACACCUGGUGGAGUUUCUGCCUUAUCACGAGUGUGACACUCCAUCUAGGCAGGCUCCUGAUUUGGACUGUCUGGUCAAGCUGCAAGCUCAGCACACACAGCUUCGACACCUGAUUUUCCUCACAGAAAAGCACGAUGAAACAUUCUCCCAGUUCUCUGGUAGUGGAGUCAUCGUUGCAGGUAUGAAUGACAUCAUGAACAACUUCCAGAGCUUGAUCAGUGUCCCGGAAGAAGUAGCAGUUGCUGCCCUACCUGAACCAGUGGAGCCUGAUGCGGUUCGAGAUGAGGAUGACAUGUCUAUAGACUCUGAAGAUGACAUGCCCAUUAUCACAGAGACGUCCAUUCAGACUGAAAAUGACCUUCAGGAACUGCAGACACCUCAGCCCCCUCCACCCCAGACCGAUGGAUUUCGUCCUCCCCUCCCUGACCAACCCUGUGUGGACCCCAUUAGCGAUCCACUUGUACCACCUAACCCCUCCGCCUACCCUAUCCAGGGCUCUUACUCAACUGAUUAUGCAGCUCUGAAGUCUGCCAUUGCUCAAUAUAAAGCUGCCAGUCAGGAGAGCACAUCUAGGCCUGAUGUAGAGGACACCCUGACCAGUUUCGGUGUGAACCCCCACCAGAGCUAUCUGUGUUCCAACUCGGCACAGUGGAGCCCUUACUCUGGUUCUCCCGCAUACCAUAUGUCCUCUGCAUAUUUGUCUCCAGUUAGCGUGGCCUCCAGGGGAUCAGAGUACAGCCAAACUGUUGCUCCUCCUGGGACCCAAACUCCAACAAACACCUCCACCAUACAUGUUGCUCAACCACUCACUGUUCCCCUUUCCCUCCCUCAGCCCCCAGUUAGCUCAGUAGAGGUGCCUUCUAUUCUAGAAUCAGCAACCUCUCUUCAGCCGCCUGGACAGUCCCUACCCAUUCCUGACAGCGUGGGAGUGCCUGGGGUGGCAGCGGCAAGCACUCCUAAUCAGUUAGGACUUGCUGGCUCUCAAACUGCUAAGAUAGGUGUAGAGUCUGCUUCCUCAUCCACUGCUUCUUCCUCGUCUUCUCUUCACACCACUUUUCCUUCAUAUCCAGAUACUGCUCUUUUUCCAGCCCUCACUCCAAUUCCCCCUAUUCCACCACUUUUCGGCUGGGGUCCUACACCAGGAGCACAGCAGGGUUACGCAGCUGGACAGAGUGGGGCAGGAUUCGGUGCUCUGCCUUCCACCCAAACGGAGGCCGCAAGGCCUGCUGAUGGAUCAUGGGUGGGAGCCACUGAGAGCGAAACCGCUCAUGGACAAGAGGAAGAAGGUGCCCCUACUUCAGCGACUUCUAAAGUGGUCCAGCAGGAGGCUGGUGGAGAGAAAGGAGGUGCACUGGGUAGUUCAACCUCAUGUGGCCAAGGCAGCAGAACUCCAGUGAACUCGUCCUCUGAAAGUCAGGGCGGCAGUCAACCACCUCCCACCAGGGGCGGCACUGCCAGCAGAGGACUCUUACCCAUCCCUGGAGCCGCAAUGAGAGCCUUGUGCAGAGGCGGACACAACAAUAGCAUGUACAAUCCCAGAGGGGGACAUCCUGAUAUGAUGCGUGGUGGUUUCAGGGGUCGAGGAGUACCGCCACAUCCCAUGAGAUCUAGACCGGGUCGGGGUCACAUGAGAGGGGGCCCAUCCUGUAACUGGGGUUAUCCCCCUGGGAGGGGAGGGGGUGGUCGGUCAGACUACUAUUCGGACUACACCUAUAACUAAAUGCCAUAGGGAUGCCCUAUAGACUACUGGCAUUAGGAAUGUACAUAUUUAACAUUAAGAGCACAUCAAAUUAAAAUAUCAUCGGAAAUAAAAACAAAAAAAUUUGAAAUCUGGUUUUGUAUGACUGAGAUUGGUGACUCAGACAUUGGCCAGAUUUUCACUGUUUUCAGUAAUGCUCUUCCUAAACAAGAUGUUUGAAAAACCUUGUUCAUACCACUAUAUUUAUAUUGCCAAGAAAUGUUAUUGCCUUUCGAUGUUUCAUUUUUGUCAAUACUUUUCGUUCAGAUUUUCAACAAGAAAAUGGUUUGUGAACAAGGAGCAAAAUGCAGACAAUAUUUUUUUAAAGAGAAAAAGUGAGUCAUUCUUCAUUUUAGCAUUUUGUUUUUUUAUUUUUAAAUUUUUUUUUUUCAUUCUUGGUUGUACAGAUGUUCUAUUAAAACAAGGUUGUAUCAAACAUUGUGAUAUUGUGUUCAGUAUUAACUCACAGUUGAGAAUGUGUGAACUCUUUGUAUAUGUACAGUUAUUUAUGAUGCUAUAUAAAAAUGGUUACAGGUUUUCUUUUCCAAUGAGGUUAAUCAAUGCCAAAGUUGUUUAUAUGUGUGCAUUGACAACAUUGGAACUAAUGGUUUUACAGCCGGCCAGCAGAGGGCAUCAUUUCCUAAUUGAUUCUGCUGCCCUGAUGCUGAUGCAGUUUUCUAAAGGGGAUUAUGUUUCUUGUCAAAAAAAGAACAAAUUAAUGUGUUUAAAUAUAUAAUGAAGAUUAUGCAUCUUGAUUUCAAAACUGACUCUGAACCCUUUGUACAUGACACAUGAAUAUGGUUAGCUGAAGUUUUGUAGAAAAUACCUCAGGGCAUUUCACAAAUGUUACUAUUUACCAGAUAAAUGGCUAUGUCUCUGAAAA